AUGGCGCUCGCCAGCCCGACAACUCCACAUUCCGAUAACGUCCAAGACGUCGCACAGUCUCGUCAAGACGGAGUGAACUUCUCAAUCACGAGGGUCGAUAGUAUUCUGCGUGGUGACAUGCCCUGUCUUUCGGAUUCUCACGCCACCGAGUACGUACACCGUUCAUUCGUUCCUAGCAUCGAAUACUUUCCCGUUGGUGUGGAAAUGAAUACUGCCGUGUCACCCGCGAAUGCACCUCACGGACCUGGCCGCGCAAUUUACCUCGUUCGAUCUCUCAUUUGCCCAUCUACCCAGCGCUUCGAAACUUCAGCACGUUGCCACAUAACCGCCUGUCUCACUCUUCUACUGCAAGCCCAGCCAACACUGGACAUAACAAGCGCACAUAGUCAUACGACACUACUGCUCAGAACCGAGUGGGUCUCAGGAGAGUAUGAGGAUAUUGGGAGCCGGGGAGCCCUACAUUGA